AUGGAAUGUGAAACAGAUCGUUCUCUUGCUACUACAGCUCGAACAGUCGAUCUUGCCUUUGCCGCUGAUCCUUUGAUACGGUGGUUACGGCCAUAUGCAGCAGCGUCGUCCCAGCCAGAUUCAACGGCUCUCAAAUGGCAGUAUCGUCGGGUGCAAUCGAUUAUGGCGCACGGAACAGUGCUUAUCUCAGCACAUGUUGGCCAAAUGAUGCAUGAGUUCCCGAUAACAAAAAAAGAAGCGGUUGCAUCUCAGGACUCAGAUACAACACCUGGGAAGACAGCUCAAUUGGUCUGCUCUGAGCAGGUCAAGUCAGCCGAAGGGCAAGAUGCAGGCGCAGUAGUCUUUUUGUUUCCACCGAAAAAGCAGCUAGACUGGUCGUUUUCCCGACUCUUGAUGAAGUGUAAGGUCUGGGCUUUGGACCUCCUAGAUCCUGUUUGUGAUGAGGGAAGCAAGAUGAAGAGAAUUGACAAAUUGAUGGCCGCACACAGCAAAUCGAUGCAAUUUCUGCAAAGAGAGUACAGUGGUAAUUUGUGGUACCUCGAAGUUGUUGCGGUGCAUCCAUCUUUGCAAUCACGCGGUAUCGGUCGAGGUGUAAUGGAAGAGAUCCUGGAGCACAUUCACCGGCAGCCAAUAUACCUCGAAUGUACGCGAGAAGAAAACCUUGGGUUUUAUCAAAGUCUCGGUUUCCGACUUAUUGAGGAAGUAGAGCUGACCGAUGAUGAGGUCCAUGAUGAGACCGGGAGGGUGAAGUACUGGGCCAUGAUGCGUGCAGACGAGAGUACUUCAUAG